AUGGCACCUAUCUCAGAACCGUCUGAAAGCAGCGGGGAUGCGACGUUGGCUGUUAGCGGAGUCGUCAUUGCACUUGCUGUUAUAUCAGUUGCUCUACGAUUCUACACUCGGAAGUUUACUCGGCUAGGCUUAGGAGGAGACGACUGGUUGAUUCUGGUCGCUGUCAUCGCAACCCUUUUGACAGCGGUACUUCUCCUCUGGGGUAACAGCGUCGAUCCGGACGGCCUCUGGGUUUCGGAAAACACUAACCCAGACUACACUUAUACAGCUGAAGACGUCUUUUACCUUAAGCUUUCAUUUGCAUCUUCCAUCCUAUAUUUCACCAUUGCAGGCGCAACUAAAUUAGGAAUAUUGCUCAUGUACUACCGCAUCUUUGCUGUUAGUACCGCUUUUCGCUAUCAAUUAUUCUUAUCGGUUGCCUUGGUCAUUGGAUGGUGGGUUGGAUGCACUAUAGCUACAUUGACGAACUGUAUCCCCCUCGAAUGGAGCUGGAAUAAUAGCUUGGCUGACCCGAGAUAUUGCUUCAAUUAUAAUAUCUUCUGGAUGGCAUCGGGAGCGUGUGAGAUCUUUCUUGACGUGUUGAUCUUAACAUUACCUAUCAGUGUUGUCGUGAGAAUGCGUCUAUCAGCUAGGCGGAAGGUCACCGUCUCGAUUAUUUUUCUGCUAGGCGGGUUGUACGCUACCUCCUCUUCAUCUGAAGUUACCAAGCAGGAUUCUCCUCCUGAGCUAGUCAGUAGGUGGUACGAGCGACCUGACAAUCAGGGCCAGUCACGAUGGAGCAUAUUUAACAGUGACAAAGAAGAUUUUGCAGACUUACUGGCCCGUACUUCGAACACUCCCAUCAUUCAUCGCUUUGCUAGGAAAGGGGAUAUUUGGGAAACCGAUUCCAUCACCAUCCAAGACCCACAUAUGAGAAAGGUUCUCGGCGAUGUCCUCAAAAUGUAUCCAGACCUUGACUUAAAAAAGGAGAACUGGACUUUCCGGCCUCCUUUCCAACCACUACUGCAUCGUUGGAACAGACUAGAAGGGUAUUCUGCUAAAGCUAAAGCUAACCCUGCUACUCAGCAUGCAUUCUCGGGAUUGCUCUCCUUCCUGGCCCCAAUUAUUAAAGGCUUACCCUCUUCGUCUAAAAAGGUUAACGCAGCAGACAACAUUGACUUUACGAACAUCCGGCACAUACUUCCUCCAGGUACUCUAAUUUUCAGUAAAGAACACGACGCGGAAAUUGUCUCUCGAGUGCUCAAGUGCGAGAAAUGCAUGUACGAGUCAAACCAAAAUAAGACCUGGAAUAUUGACGUAGAGCAUGUGGAUUGGGACGGCAAGGAAUGUGGUUAUCGAGAAUGUUCGUUCACAAUUGAUAGAUUCGACGGCUACUGUCGAGUCACGGAGUUGGAUGUAUUCCCGAUUUCAUAUUUAGAAGACGAGACUAAAUUUAGAGCAGCCUUUAUCGAGAGAGGCCGUAAAUUUGAGCAACUCGGAGGCUAUAAGUUCAUGACUUGUUGCAAAAAAACUAAGAUAUGGGACCGCGGAGAUAAACGGUGGCGGAUAAUACUGGCUGGGUCGAAGAUUUGUGUCGACGCAUUUGCGUACUAUGACAACCAGAAUAUUGACAAACCCAAGCUACGGCCACUUGACGGCAAUGGCAAGCAUCCAGUAAAAGACGGUACUGAAAAAUCAGAAACCGCGUCUGGAUCCUUACCAGCUCCCUCGGUUAGAAGAAAGGAGCAUCUACAACCCCUGACUGACGAACAGCGACUCAUGAUACAUCCUUGGCUUAGGUGCUUUGACCUUCAGACAAGAAAAUGGUGCAAGGUCUUAAUCAACGACUUAGAGGAGGCGACUUCGGACGACCUGGCCUUUGAGAAGCUCCUGCUACCCGAUAACGAGAAAGAGGCGUUAUUGAAUCUCGUCAGAGGGAAGCUCCUCUCUAGUAAUUUGGGGACCAACGACUUCAUCCAGAACCAGGACCGCAGUCUUAUUUGCCUCAUGUGCGGACCUUCAGGAGUCGGUAAAACAUUUACGGCUAAGGCAAUUGCUGAUAAACUAAGACUUCCACUAUUUUCUAUGCUUGCGGAGGAUCUCGGGGGCGAGCCUAGUGACAUAGAGAAGCCUCUAAAGCGGGCUAUGGAACUCUGCCGCUUGUGGGAUGCUAUUUUCCUCCUAGAGGAGGCGGAUUUUCUCCUCGCUGCCCGAGAUAAUCAGUCUGACGAAAAGCAGGAUGAGUUUGUCACGACCUUCCUUCGGAUGCUUGAAACCUAUACAGGCAUAUUAUUCCUCACCACCAGCAAAGCCAGUAGUAUUGACUCCGCCUUCCAAUCGCUAAUCAAUCAUUUUCAGCCGUACAGCCCCCUCGGCAUACAGGUACGUCGUCAGAUCUGGCGGGACUUCAUUGAGCACCCAGACAAGGACAAUUUCAUAUGCAGUUCCGAAAACAUGGAUGAUGUGCUCAGUGAGCUAUCGAAAUACGAUCUCAACGGACACGAGAUUAAGAACCUCGUCCAGAGUGCUCGGAUGAUCGCACUCGGAAGCGAAAAAAACGACAACAAAAUACCUUUGGAUACUCUCUGUCUUCUUGCACAUAAUCGCGUCCAAUCCCUGAGACCCUAA